AUGGCUCUCUCGCUGCCUCGCACGCCUUCGGUCGAGUGGAUACAACCCGGCGUUGCCUCUCCGAGGACCCGCGCGACCCCGACGGGAUCGCAGCGGAAUGUUACAGACAAAGGCAAAAGUAAAGCGAGUUCAAAGGACCAGAUCAAAGGCAACGCCAGUUCCUCCUCCAAGGACAAAGGCAAGGGGAAAGCGAAGGCCCAACCGGCGCCUCAGGCGUCUGCGCAAGAGCUCACCGCACCGGUCCCGUCGUCGGCCACUCCGGCCGCACCGCCCUCGACCCGCUCAACCCGCAGAUCCGCAUACAGCCACACCCGCCGCGCAGCGUCCCGCUCCGCAUCCGCAUCUACCUCCCUCACCGCAUCCACCUCCACCUCCACCCCAACCUCAACCCCCACCUCCGCCUCUUCCGCGCUCCCGGGCUGGCCCUUCCCGUACACCCAGACCUGCGCCCCACCCCCGGACCCCGUCGACGGCACCUGGCGCCCCUCGGCCGGCAUCGUGCACCAGUUCCUCUCCACCGGCUUCUCCAUCCGCCAGCGGCUCGACUCGGCCCUGAUCACGGACCCGACCGACGUGCGGCUCCAGACGCAGUGGGGCCGGACGGGCUGGAACGCGCUCAGGGUGUACGACGAGUACGUGCGCCGCGGCCGGCGCGUCGUCCCCAUCGGCCUGGAGGACAUGCAGGCGAUCGCGACCUCGGGCCCGAGGACGCCGUUCGAGGUCCUGUGGCGGCGGUGGCAGGAGGAGACGCGGUGGGCGGAGGAGAAGGAGGAGCGGCGGCAAAGCCAGAGCGGCGAGGAGCGGGCGACGGCGGCGGAGGAGGAGGAGGAGGAGGAGGAGAGGGAGCGGGAGGAGCGCAGUCGCCGCUCGCCGAGCCCGACGUGCACGGAGAGGACGGAGCCGGACGUCGUGGAGAACACGCAGGCGGACGCGUGUGCGGAGGCCGCCGCGCUCGGGAUCAAGGUGUGCGACUACGCGUACGAGGGCGAGCGGCGCACGCAGACGACGUUCAAACGCGAGCCGAGGGACCACGAGGAAGAGGAAGAGCUCCUCAACUGGUUCAGGUUCUUCUGCUCCCGUGGCGCUUCGUCGUCGAUCGAAAACCCGACAGAUCCCGCCCCCUCAGCAGCAGCAGCAGCAGCAGCCACAGUCGCUCUCACAGACCCAUCCCCCGGCUCGUCCGGCGGUCCCUCCACCUCGUCAUCCUCCGCGCCCUCCUCCUCCUCGCCGCUCAAACGCAAGAGCGAAGAACCCGCCGAACGCGACCCCGGCUCGCCCAAGCGCCGGCGCCUCCCGCCGCCCCCGCGCACGCCCUCGCCCUCGCCCCCGCUCCCCCACUCCCUCUCCUCGCGCGCCCUGGACCGCAACCGCAACCGCAACCGGUCCCAGCCCAGCCUGCCCGCGAUCGACGCGGCCGCCGGCGGUCUGCGGAGCGUGCCGGUGCGGAGGCGGAACAGCAUCACCUCGCCGGACCGGUCCCGCCGCGAUCUGGCGACGGUGGAGGAGACGACGGAGACGCCACCGGCGAGCCCGGGCGCGGGCGUCGACGAGCUGCCGCUGCUGUCCCAGUUCCAGGGGAGCCGGUACGGUCUCUCGCACAGCCAGGGCUCUAGCCAGAGCCAGAGCCAGAGCCAGAGCCAGGGCAGCCGGCCGUCGCAACGGCGCGGACUAGGAAGGACACAGACGCUGCUGCAACUCUGAGGAGACCGCCGUCGAACCGAAGGGCGAAAGGGCGACCGUCCGGCGCGCGGCAACGAACAACGUUCGUCGUCGUUCGUGAAGUCGAAACGAGAAAUGCCGAAAAGCCAACGAACGGAAACAUCAAAAGGUAAAUAUUAUGAGAAGGACAACUGGCCAUCAAUCUGUAAACUGCUUGCAAACAAUCGACAACGCUACGUACGAUACUGGAGAGGGAGAAGAAGGGGAUUUAAUCGUCCGUUAUUCUUAUUCGGUCAUGAAGAAACGCUCGCGAAAGGGAUGAUGUUGUAAUUUUGAAGCUUUGAGGUUAACCUGUAUCGAGCAGACUAGUAUAGGACUAGCAGUAGUUAGUUAUUCGUAGAGCUAUCCGAUGUACGACGGAGGUGGAUUGCAAGCAAUAUCAUUCGUGUUU